CUCUCCGUCCACGGAAUUUGUCUGCCACCGGAGAAAGUAAAGCAUAGGAGUCGAGACGAGAGGUUGGUGGUGGUUUCAAGGCAGUUGUGACUCAGCAGAGAGACAGACAAGGUGUGGAUUUUUAGUAUGACCACAUGAACUAUAGUCGACGUGGUUGGUUUUUGUGGUUUGGUUUUUGGACUUUGUGAGUGGAGGAAGAUUGGAAUAAUGGAUGGACGAGAGAGUCCAGUCAUAAACAGGUGAUCAUCAUCAUUGAACGAAUGGGUGGAAAAGUAACAGAACAGAAUUGAAUUGAAUGUGUGCGUAAAAAGGAGAAAAGUGUUUUCUGGUGAUAAAAGGGGACGAAAUUAGAUUUUUUAUUUUUACCAGGAGGAGUGGUGCUAAAAUAUCUGCUACGAGUAAAAGCAAGCCAGGUGUGCAGGUAGAGGCAGCUGAUAUAAAAUAAAACGGAAAUUUAAUAUCCGUCAAUUAACAUCAAUUUUUGUGUUAUCAAGUGGUGUUGUGCGGGAGGCGAGGGCGAAAUCUGAGCUGCACCUUUUUCCGAGGAGGAGAAAAGCAGUAUUACCUAACGUAACGUUACUACAAGAGUGAACAUUAAAAGAGCGAUAAAUCAUUCUCCUUUCGUGGAAAAGAACCUCAAAACUUGAAAGAAGAGGCGGAUGAGAGAAAAUAUAAGGCACUUUCUUUCACCAGUUCGAAACUAACAUAACAUUUUAACAAAAAAAUACUCCCGAGUUCGCUCCCAUCAUCGUCGUCGUCGUCAUCGUCAUCAUCAUAAGAGAUCUGAGAAGACACAAAAAGAAUACCAGUCGUCCGUCGAGGUCCUUAAGAGAAAGAGCAGACAACGUAUCAUCACAGAAGACCAACCUCGCUCGGAUUAAAACGGUGACCCAUCCAGUCAAGCAUCUCAAGCAAGAAGCAAGGAAGGAAUGGUAUCAAAUAUCACGUAGAAUAUAGCUUAUUGCUACAUCGGUCGGUCGGUGGUUUGGUUUCGUCGGUGGCAUAUCCUAAAUUCUGGACAUCACAUUCUAUCCAUCCGAGAAAGUGGAUUGGAUUCAGGUCACGCUCGACCCACAGCACAGUCAGCAAAGUGGAGUUCUUCGCAUAGCAUAACGGAACGUUGCUGCUGAGGUUCAAUGUUCAAGAUUUAUUAGCAUCAUCAUCAUCAUCUCGUCAUCAUUGUACGUACGUCUACAAAUUCCUUCCCCAGAUUCCGCACACGAUAUUGAAAACAUAUUGAAGCAAAUUGAGGUUGUGUUUUGAAUCGGAAACUUUAUAAGUUGCAAAUUAAUCCAUAAUCUACCUAUUUAAGUAAAUAUAAUAUAUUCAUAUCAGCGGCAGCAGGAUCACUCGGAAUUUGCAUCUUGUUGGUCUCUUGUUGGAGAAGGAAAGCAAUUUCACAGUGUUUGUCUUGGUGUCACUCAAAUUGAGAUUUGAUCCCAAUCCAAGAUUAUUCGUAUCCUGUGGUGAACUUGGAAACUUUGCGAGAAGACCAACAACGGCAAGAAGAACCACAGCACCACCGAGCGAAACGACGACUUUGAAGUUUAACUUUAUUUUAUCGUGAUUUGUGGCCAUUCCGUCCGGCCAAAAAGGAUCGGAACGUGAGAUAAAACGCCUUGUUGUUUCGCCAAAACCUUCUUAUCGCCAAGCCAAGAAGACCAACAAACAACCCCACUCAUUACUCAACAUUACCAAAUUUUCCCGUCUACACAUUAAGGAAGAAGAUCGCUUUACUGCUCUUUGGGGAAAGUGAAUAAUUUAGUGAUCAAAGACAACAACAACCAAACCACCACGAAUAGCACCCUUUUUCCGGAGAAAUCAAGCAAAAAGGAGUAGAAAGGAAGACAAUCGUUCUAAAUAAGUCAGAAAAAAGUCUCUUGGGACUGAUCCAACCGUUUUACUUUGUACGAAACCUAUCUAUCUAUACCCGCGUACUUUCAUUCAUUCUUCUCUCGUAUCUAUCAGUCACAGACGCACACAAGUUCAAAACCAAUCCUGAUUAAAGAAUCCUGUCUGACGGACAAUUGGUUCUUUCUCAGUUGACUUGCAAUCAAUCAAGACAUAUAUUUUUUCACUGGAAACUUCUACUUCUUUUCCAAAGCCGACUCUCGGUGCGGUUGGUUGAUAAGCUUUAAGCUCUUGACUUCCAAAUAAUAAUAAGAAUACAUACUGGUCACCGACUUGGCUUAUACGCAUCGCCAGUCGUCGUCCUCGUCGUCGUUUGGCUUUUCUCUCUCUCUCUUCGCCAGAAGGCUGUUACACCCACGCGUAUUAGAAACUCUGGACUCCUGAGUGGCUUGGCUUGGCUUCGAGUGGGAGUUGUAUACACAGAAAGAAAGAUCGACUUCUAGCUGGAUCUGGUUCUACUUUUACCUACAUCCCACAUUUGUACUUUAGAAAGCUUCUCUCGAAUCGUGGCGUCGUCGUCAUCGUCAUUGUGCGAGAUUCCUUACAACAUCUAAAGAAGAAGUAUCAUCAUAAAAAAAAGUAGUCGACUCAAUUUGUAAAAUGGGCGAUUUGGAAAUUUCUAUUGGAGACGAGCCCACCGGGGCGGUGAAAUGGUCGGAGAUGGAUCUCACCAAUUUGGACCUUAAUACGUGGAACUAUAUCAACCGGAAUUUUGACUCGAGCCCGUUCCCCAUCGAUCCCGUAAUUAACAGCAGAAUCGCAUUGUGGUUUGGCGACAUCCUGUCCUUAACGGUCGAUGGACUCGCCACGACGACGAAUGAGUCUUUGGAUGAAAUCCAAGAGUCCAUACUUUUCCGGACGGGAAGCAAUUAUCCACAAGAAAUUAGGAAUGAGAUAAAAUCUAUACGAACUGGCGAGGCACGUGUGGUCUCUGGACAUCCGAAUCUUCCUUGUCGCAACCUUCUGCUCACGGUGACUCCGAGAUUUUCUGAAAAGUAUAAAACCGCAGCGGAAACGGCGCUUUACAGUUGUUACAGUAGUGUUCUUGAGAAAGUUAGUGAGAAGCGUAUGGAAACGGUAGCAAUACCUCCGCUACAUCUCGGAGGCAAGACAAACUUUCCGGACGAGUUGGGUGUCCACGUGGCGAUCAGAACGGUGCGGAGAUUCCUCGAAAAGGGACACUCUUAUCCGAGACUUAUCGUUCUUUGCGUUCCUGAUCCGAAAUUAUUCAGCCUUUAUUUGUCAUUUAUGGUCUGUCACUUUCCACGCGAACCAGCCCACGAGGAGUACGCUUGUGUUCGGCUUCCAACUCAAAUUGGUGAUGAGGAAGGAGCUGCUUGGCUUCCUGAUCGGAAAAUUCGAAUUUUCGCCAACCCUGCAGAGCAUCCCGAACGUAACGAGGAGGACGAUUUGGGAGUCGGCAUCAUGGAACAACUCAACCGAGAUUUUGUUCAGAUGAAGGAGGACAUUGACAAAGAACGCUUGAUCACGGAUGGGAGAAAAAGACGAAGUUUUUCCAGUCUCUCUGAACCAGAGAGAAAUAUUGCUAUUGAGAUUGAAACUAAAGAAAGACAAGAACGUAUCCUCCGACGUGCACGAACGGAAGACUUGUCGUCAAUCGAGAAAACGGGAUGCCUGUACCGAAGUGGCCAAGACCGAUGCGGUCGUCAAAUCGUGGUGGUUGUCGGGAAAUGGUUUCGCCCAGAGGCGAUGGAUCUGGAUAAAACAUUUCUCUACUUGGUCCGACUCCUUGAUGAUAUCGACGGUCCGUAUUGUGUCGUUUACUUCCAUGCAGCUACAGGAACGGAGAAUAGGCCUGGUUUAAAAUGGAUGAGAGCCGUCUACGAUAACCUAGAGUAUCGAUUCAAGAAAAAUCUCAAAGCUCUUUAUAUCAUCCAUCCCACCAUGUGGACCAAGGUCAUGUGCUGGUGGUUCCUUACCUUUCUGGCGCCCAACAUCAAGCAGAAAUUACUCAAUGUACCGGGCUUAUCCGAACUUUACGCGGCUGUUGAACCCAAUCAGAUUAAAAUCCCGGCUUACAUCUCAGAACAUGAUAUCACCCUGCAUGGUUUUGGAGCCAUUGCGUAUUCCCACACCCACUCGGGAGCCUCCACUCCGGUCAAAUAACGAAGCAGAAAUCUCUAGUAAAGAAGAGAAGAAUUCCAAAAAAAAGAUAAGAUGUUAUCCAAACGGUGCUAUAUUUUACGACGAAAAAUAUGAAAAAAAGAGAGGGUGUUACUUAUUAUUAGACAAAUGUAGAUUAUACACUAUACACACAUCUCAAAUCAAAUCUGGAAGCUGGGCUUGAAACAAAAUAAUAAAAUAUCUUUUACUCUGGAACUAAUAAAAACGGGCUAUGAAGAAUAAGAAGGAUAUAAUUUUCUGAAAAAUUUCGACAGAAAUGUAUUCAACAAACCUUUAUUGUUCUUUGAUCGUUGCCAAAUCCUAGUCCAAAGUAUAACAAUUAAUAGUAAUAAUUAGAUUAAUGUGUGUGUACCAUGAAAGUAAUUAGUACAUGCGAAUGAUGACUUUUGCAACGUGCACCUUAAUAUGAGUGAGUUUUACUGUGAGAAAAAAUGAAUAUAGGUAAAAAUUAUGUCAUAUUUAGUGAAAAUUUAUGCGUUGAUUGCUAAAUGCAGGCAUCGAAUGUACCUUAGAAGAAAGUAAAUAUUUGUGAUUUGAACCCACCUCUGGACUGGUGAAAAAAUUGAAUAAUGAGAGAAAAUGUAUAAUACAAGUGUGCUUUGAUUUUGUAAUUGCAGUAUUAGUACCAAAUUCAUUUAAUUUAGGAUGUAGUAAAUAUGUACCAGCGUAUACCUUACCCUAGAAAAAGUGCAGUUUAAUAUGCAUGAAAUAAUAAGUGAAAAAGUGUGUAUUCUAACUAACUAAAUAAUUUUGAAAGACAGGAGGAUUAGUUGUAGAUAAAUUAGUAAACCUUUACUAAUUAGUAAAAUCGGUAGUUAUCUAUUAUAUAACUAAUCACGAUAAACUAAUAUCCGCGAGACUAUAAUUUUCUAAUAGCUUAACUUUAUUUCGCAUUUCUGAAAUGAUUCUUGCAGUAUUUGAUAACCAAUAAUUUUUCAUUCAUAUUUACAUUUAAUUUGUAUGAUUUUCUUUAAUCACAUACAUAACAAGUUAUGAAACAAUUAAUAAAUUCAAACCAAAAAGUGAUACAUACA